GUCCCACCAUUAGUAUGCGUCGGUAGCACCAUUUACCGUUUGCCCAUACCUUGCAGUCGUGUUCUGAGCGAUUCAUCGCACAAGGCAACUCGUGUUAAUAGUAAUAAUGAUCCUGUAAAUGCUUUAUUAUGGGGAAAUAAUGGAAGGCUAUCAACGCUAGCCGUCACGGAUCGAAUAAAUAAACGAGAAAUUCGAAGCGUUGUUAUACAAGAAGAAAUGGGGCGAUAUAAAUCUGAACAGGAAUAUAUAAGUCAUAGGUUACAGGGCCGAACUAGUGAAGAUCUCGAAAUCAUUAGCAAUGAUUACACUAGUGAGCCUAAUAUAACACCCAUUCAGGAAGAACCAUCACCAGGGAUUGAUUAUUAUGAAUCGAUAAACAAAAAUGAUAUACAAACGCUAAGAAGCACCAUUUUUUGUCUUACUAACACAUUCAACCCGGUAAUAUCAAUUGACGAAAAUAUACUAAGAAUGUCUGCUAUGAGUUUAGCCAAGCUAGAUGAAUCCAAGUACUUCAGAGAAUUUAUCCCACAUUUUACAAAAUAUAAAGAAUCGCAGCAAAAUGAUCCAUUUUCUUACACGAUUGAUGAUGUAAUGGAUAUUCGAGGGGAAGGCGGGUUUUCUAAAUUUUUGUCAGUUUAUGAUUACAUAAAAUUAUUAUCAAAAAAACCAAAAAGGAAUGUUGAAUUGCCAGAAGGUUGGCGUGAUGUUAUUGAAGAGUAUUUUAAG